GAGGGCUCGCGCGACAUCCUCGUCAUCGCCGAUCCCAAGCGUAACGCGGUCUUUGCAAAGUGCGACAGCACGCGUCUGGACUCAGUGACGGGCGUGUGCUGCAAGGGGCUGCCCGCGCGGUACCUGGGCCCGUUCUACGUGGACGUCGAGACCUGGAAGGACGGGGCGGUGGAGGUGAACAUGCGGUACCUGGAGCGGAAGCCGCUGGCCGCGGCGCCCAUGGACCUGCAGCUGAUUCGCGGCGGGUUCCAGGAGCUGACGGACAUGGUCGUUCUCAACGACGUUCUCAACAAGUGGCAGACUGGCCGCUACAAGGCGGCGCUGAUCAGGAGCCCAUGGACACUGCAAAAUCGACGACCACCCGGGCCAUCCUCCAGGAGCCCCCCCGACCAGAGACGGCCCUCGCGAUCACCUACCGACAGACACAAGCCAGCGAUGCAGCUGGAAAGAACCCUGAUUUUGCGCACUACGGCGAAUUAA